AUGGGUGACGCUGAGGUCAAGCCAUCAGUUGAGGUUGUCGUGUGUGCUAAUUCGAUGAACAAUACUAAUGAAGACAACAAUGCGCACCCAGUUCCCGACAUCACCAAGCCAUCACAUUCGAAGUUACCAAUCUUAACCAAGCUCCAUGCUGGUUACUUUUUCAUAUGCCUUUCCUUGGGUGCACAAGCUUUGCUAUGGAAGAGUUUGAGCAAACAUAACAAGGACUCACAAACUCUCUGGCAUGGAUUUAAUUUGAUGCCUUCCAUUGCAUUUCUACUUCUUUGGUGUCUGGCAGUGCUUACUGCAGCUACUCUAUCUUUACUUUACAUGCUAAAGUGCAUCUUUCACUUUGACAUGGUGAAGGAGGAGUUUUCACAUCAUAUUGGAGUGAACUGCAUGUACGCUCCUUGGAUUUCUUGGCUUCUCAUGCUUCAAUCAGCACCAGUGAUUUUUCAUAGAACUUCUUACUAUCAAGUUCUUUGCUUGGCCUUUUCAUUUGCAAUUUUGGUACUUGACAUAAAGCUAUAUGGACAAUGGUUCACAACUAAAAAGCGGUUUCUGUCAAUUGUAGCAAACCCUUUAAGCCAGGUUUCAGUUAUAGGGAACUUUGUGGCUGCUCAAGUUAUUGCAGAAAGUGGUUGGAAAGAGGGUGCAGUUUCAAUGUUCUCUCUGGGAUUAGUAUAUUAUUUAGUUAUAUUUGUAACGCUAUAUCAGCGUGUGACAAGUGGGAACCAGUUUCCCAAAGUGCUAAGGCCAGCUUACUUCCUGUUUUUUGCUGCACCAAGCAUGGCAAGUCUAGCUUGGAAAUCCAUUUCAGGUGCUUUUGUCACCCCAUCAAAGAUGUUCCUCUUUCUGUCUCUAUUCCUUUUUAUGUCUCAGGCUUGCAGGCCAGCACUGUUCAAGAAUUCAAUGAAGAAGUUAAACGCUACAUGGUGGGUGUACUCAUUCCCUUUAACCUUUCUUGGUCUAGCUUGUGCUGAAUAUGCUCAAGAAGUGAAAGCUAGCAUGGCCUCUUGGUUAAUGCUGGUUAUAUGUAUGGUCUCUGUGCUGGUUUUUAUUGGUUUGAUGCUCAUCACUGUACUCAAAAUUGAGAGGCUGCUACAUAAAAAUGCUCCCAUUAUGAGUUGA